CCCCUAGGUCACAUGACGUUGGUUAGCUGUGUGACUUGAAGUGAGCCUGCCCAGCUUGUCAGAUAGGCCUUGUUAGUCUAGAAAUGCAACAGGUCGUAUGUGACUCACUUUUCUCAACCAACCCUGACUAUUCCUGUUACUGACGUGGGAACCCAAAUACACGACGUUCCCCUGACUCAUCCAUAAACCGCUGGCAAUUUGCAUUCGCCUUUCAGCCCGACUUGCCAAAACGCCUAUUUCAGCCUUCGCUGCUUCCGCCCCCUCGUUAAAUCCGUUCCGACUCUUUAACACCUAAAUAUCCCGACGUUUGUCUCCAUCGCUGAGAAGGAUCUCUAACAAGGUCGCCGCUUGAAAAAGUUCUAUUAACAAAAAAAAGUUGCAGAUUUGUAAGUAGAAUCCAAUGAAUUCAUUGGAUUUAAAUAAUGAUUAUAAUUUCAUUCUACAUACGGAACUUACAUCUCUUCUUGUGUUUGUGUGUAACGAUCUGUCUAUACAAUUUGUUGUGUUGUUAAUGGCCAGCACAUGAUGAUUGGAUGUUGCUAAACCCUUUGUGAUUGGCCGUUUAUCUUUUAAAUAGUGUGCCUCAUGGACUGGUUCUUUAGCCUUUGAUUAAGUGCCCAGGCCCAAAGGGGGCACGAAACGAUUCAGAUGCCGUACAUUUUUUGUUAUUAAAACUUUUUCAAGCACCUUUUUUUUCCGACUGAUUUCCAGUUUCUGCCAGACUUUGUUCUACCGGAUUGUGUGAUUACUUCCCUUAGCUGAAAGUCUGGGGCAUGUACCCCCCGACCCACCGUCGCUCAUGAAUGAACACACAUUGCUCUUCAUACAGAAUAGAGAAAUGAGAAUAUUCAUAGGAAUAAAUACAGACAUAUGAACACUCAGGGUGGACUGAUUAACCCUCAUCUCUCCACUGAUCUCCAUACAUAGACCCUGAUGAUGGAGUCGAAGGAGUGUAUGGCCGUCUCUAGUAUCCUGGGCCCUAUACCUGCCUCAUCCCUGGUCACCUCCAGCUCCUUCAGCCCAAGUGCCUUCAAGUUUCCCAGGAAGAGGAAAGACAGUGAUUCUGACGACCAAGUCACGGAGGGUUCAGAAAUGAGUGACGUCCAGGGAAGAGAGGCGCACAGAGAGACGGAAAAGCGGCGUAGGGAGAAAAUGAAUAACUUGAUAGAGAACUUGUCGGCCAUGAUUCCCCAGUGCACCCCAUUACCCAGCAAACCGGACAAGCUGACUGUGCUCCGCAUGGCCGUCCAGCACUUGAAGUCACUAAAAGGAUCCAGCCCCUCUUUCGCAGAUGAGAGCCUAAAGCCUUCCUUUUUAAAGCAUGAGGAGAUGAAACGGUUAAUCCUAAAGGUGGCAGACGGAUUCCUUCUUGUGGUUGGAUGUGACGGAGGAGAAAUCCUGUUUGUGUCCGAAUCUGUCACAAAGACGCUGAAAUACAACCAGGGGGACCUCAUGGGGAAAAGCUUAUUUGAUCUCCUACACCCCAAAGAUGUUGCCAAAGUUAAAGAGCAGCUUUCCUCCUCCGACGUGGCCCCCCGGGAGAAACUGAUCGAUGCCAAAACUGGUUUGCAAGUUCACGCGCACUUUCAGGAGUCGCGUCUGCACUGGGGCUCCCGGAGGUCUUUCUUCUGCCGGAUGAAGAGCGGCCGCUCCGUUCAUAAGGAACAAAAGAGUUUCUUGCACAGCUCCAAGAAAAAGGAUCACCAACGAUAUUGCACCAUAUACUGCACCGGCUACUUGAGGAGCUGCCCCCCCAGCCAAGAGGACUGUGACAGUGACCGAGAGACCACCAAUUCCAGGUGUCUGGUGGCCAUCGGCAGACUCCACCCCUAUAUCACCCAACAGGACAACUCCGAAGUCAAAGUGAAACCCACUGUAUUCGUCACCCGCUACACUAUGGACGGCAAGUUUGUUUAUGUUGAUCAACGAGCCACGGCCAUAUUAGGAUACCUCCCACAGGAGUUGCUCGGGACCUCAUGCUAUGAAUACUUUCAUAUAGACGACUACGGGCACCUAACUGAGCGGCACAAAGCAGUUCUUCAGAGCAACGAGAAGGUCGUGACAAAUUGCUACAAAUUUCGGGUGAAAGACGGCUCCUUCGUUACGUUACAAAGCCAGUGGUUCAGUUUCAUCAACCCUUGGACCAAAGAUCUGGAAUACAUUGUAUCGGUCAAUACGGUGGUCCCGAAUCACAAUUCAUCAUCGGAGGAAACUUCAUCGCUGCCGAGCAGCUCCCGCUCCUCUCAAGAUAACGCCAAACACCCCUUUCUCAAUAUCCCCGGGACGUCCAGUGAGACCCUGCUCGGUGCCGCCAAUAUCGGGACCCAGAUUGUAAAGGAAGUGAUGAGUUUACAGAGGUCCAACUCUUCACCUUCAAAUGGCGAUGUUAGUCCCAGUGGGACCCCAAUAAAGUCUCCCCCAGCCCUGACUGACCCAUCAACUACCGUUCAGAAGGGCCAAUUGGCCACAGAGAUGGAGAAGUUGGACACAGCCCGUAGCAACAGUGUGACCUCCUAUCACCGUUUCCUUAGUGACAGUAACGCCUUGAACUUUGGUCAAGAUGAAACCACAAUGGCGGCUCUUAUGAACAUUUUCGAAGCAGACGGGGGCCUGGGGGACAGCCAGGAGCUGAGCGACAUGCCCUGGGCUCUAUAGCGGAAGCCUGUGCUGCACACGGAUAAUGUACUGUAUUUUCUAAGGCUUUCAUACCCUUUGUACUUUUGUAUUUUUUGUUACCUGAUCACCAUAGAACCAAUCAUUUC